AUGAUGGUUGUCUUACCACUUGUUGACACCACUGGGACCAUCAGUAAGAAACGACGUCGCAGUAUUGAGCCUGUCGAAUCCAGCAAGAUGUUAGCACUGUCACUGGGAAGCAUGUCCACAAGUCCCGUACGUGCUACGCUGCAAUUGACAAGCGCCACGGACACUGUUAACAAGAGGGAAGACUUGUUACGUCGUAGUCUUAUGGGUCUCUCUUUGCAGCUUAAACUCAAGAUGAUUCUUGUUGAAGCUUGGGCUUCGGACAUGAACAGUCUCGUUAUGGAACGGAACCUCUUUGCUAUUGCGAAAGAGCUUGCACUGUUGAAAGAAAUGGGUGUCUAUGACCAACACACGUGUGUGCGGUUCUUAGAGCUUGCACGGAAUCGGAUGACGCAACUGUUGGAGCAGACGGAGCGUUACGAGACGCUUCAUAUGGAAGCAGAGCAGAUGUGGACUAUGGCACUUAUCCAGGCACAAGAGAUUAUUAGUUCACCACCCAGCAGUCCGUCUAAUGUUAGUGAAUUUCCGCUUCUGAGUGGCUUUGAUGCCAGUAGUCGUGACAUUUCCGUGUUGUGGCGUGCCAUGUCCAUUGCACGGGAUCGUGGUGCCCAGCUCUGGCACGAGAAUAAGCCGGAACAGGCGCUUCCUUUUUUGCUAGCUGCUGAUUCGUAUAUGAAGCGCUUUACGCUCAAGUAUCAACGUCUAAAAGUGGAUCAUGCAAUGGUGGACACGCUACAGAAACCAGUGAUGCAAUCAAAACGACGCACGUCUUUGCGUGUAUCAUUUGCUGAAAAACCACAAGUUAUGGGAGUGGCAGAUGCUGAGGUGGAUCGAACACCUAUUAGCCCUACCAAGCCGUCAAAAUUGGAGUCUCUGCUGCUUCGUACGUCGCGAGAGUUCCCAACGCCGCCAUUUUAG